UCUUUUGGUUUGGUUGGGUCACCCAGGCCAAGUGUAAAAGAAAAGAGUGUUGUUGUAAACACCCCCUUUGACCAUAAUCAAAAGCCUUUAUACAAAACUCCUUCAGAUCUGAAAGGCCUCCUCUGUCUCUGUUGCGUAUUCUCCGGCGUCGUUUCAUGAUCUGACUUUGGUCUCUCACUUGGUCACUGUUUGCUCUGAACAUGCCACGCCCUUUCUUCCACAAGUUGAUUUUCUCCUCCACUAUCCAAGAAAAGCGUCUGAGAGUUCCAGAUAAGUUUGUGAGGAGAUUCAAAGACGAGCUAUCGGUUGCAGUUGCACUCACAGUACCUGAUGGUCACGUUUGGCGUGUAGGACUUAGAAAAGCUGACAACAACAACAAGAUCUGGUUUCAAGAUGGUUGGCAAGAGUUCGUUGACCGUUACUCCAUCCGCAUUGGUUACCUUUUGGUCUUCAGAUACGAAGGCAACUCUGCCUUUAGCGUCUACAUUUACAACUUACCACACUCCGAGAUUAACUACCACUCCACUGGUCUAAUGGACUCUGCAUCACAAAACAACCACUUCAAACGCCCCCGUUUGUUUGAAGACCUUGAAGAUGAAGAUGCUGAGACUCUGCACACAACCACUCCAGCCAUCCAGAGCUUCUUCACUGGACCUGUUAAACCUGAAGAGGCAACACCAACACAAACCUCAAAAGUUCCUAAAAAGAGAGGGAGGAAGAAGAAGAAUGCUGAUCAUCCUGAGGAAGUAAACUCAUCUGCACCGAGAGAUGAUGACCCUGAGAGCCGUUCAAAGUUCUACGAGAGUGCUUCUGCGAGAAAGAGAACAGUGAAUGCUGAAGAGAGAGAGAGAGCCAUCAAUGCAGCCAAAACGUUUGAGCCGACAAACCCUUUCUUCAGAGUUGUUCUGAGACCGUCUUAUCUAUACAGAGGUUGCAUCAUGUAUUUGCCUUCUGGUUUUGCUGAGAAGUACUUAAGUGGGAUCUCGGGAUUCAUCAAGGUCCAGCUAGGGGAGAAACAGUGGCCUGUGAGAUGCCUUUACAAAGCAGGGAGAGCUAAGUUCAGUCAAGGUUGGUAUGAGUUCACUGUGGAGAAUAACUUAGGAGAAGGUGAUGUCUGCGCGUUUGAGCUGCUGAGAACCAGAGAUUUCGUUUUGAAAGUGACGGCCUUUCGAGUCAACGAAUAUGUCUGAGACAGAGAUACUAUGGUGUGACUGGUGGAUCAGUAGUGAGGAAUCUGAAGGUGCAAACUUCGUGUAGGGUGUGUUGAUUUUAAUUCUGUCUAUGUGUCAUUGCGUUGGUCUCUUUUUUUUGUUGGUGUGGAUAAGUUAAACCUCCUCGGAGUGAAACUGAAACUGUUUGAAGUAGAAGUUAGGAUUAAGAAGUUUGUAAAUACCUAAUCUCCAUCGAGUUUGGUGUUGAAUCUUGCGCCCCAAGAAAGAUGAUAUGAUGAAGAUGGGUUUGUUGUUUUUUUUUU